GGUGCGCGUAGCUGAGAGGGUUGGGGAGCCGUCGCCGUUGUUGAGAGGUCGAGGUAUUCCUACAUUUCAGAAUGGAGCCAUCUCCCUUUAACAGAAGGCACUGGGCUUCACAUUCGUUGAGGGUAACUGCCAAAGAAUUGUCUCUCAAUGUGAAUACAUCAUCAGCUCUCCUACAGAGGUUCUCCAAGUAUCAGAAGGCAGCUGAGGAAGCGGCUGCAGAGAAAAAAAGAAGUAGCACUGAAACGCUUCCCCCUCAUUUUAAGAGGGGGAGCCUCAGCAUCCUGAAGAAGAAGUGGGAAAAUCCAAGCUUGGGGACGGAGGUUCGGAAGGAAGCUCUGGAAAGCUGCCGCGCUGAGGUUAGGCAGAAGGCUGUCAGCCCUGGUGGUGGAACUGAAAGCGGCUCUGCUUCCCUAGCAGAAAUUAACAAAGCCUCAGGGAUUAGUCCAAGAUUGAGACUUCAUUCCUCUUCCAGAGGGUUUGGCCGGUUCAAAUAUCCCAGUGUUGACAGCGAAGAGGAUAAAACACAUUCACCUGACAGUGGGGAAAUGGAAAAUUGUCUUAGAGAAUCCAGACAAGACAUAGGAAAACUGGAGACCAAUGAAAACCCAGAUUCGUCAGGGAAAAUAGAGAAGUUUAAUGUUCCUCUGAGCAAACUAAAGAUGAUGUUUGAGAGGGGGGAUGCAGUUCAGACAAAGGUUGUUCAUGACCAUGGCAGAGCUGCUGAGGGUAGGAGAAUCUCGGAGAGUAACUUCUUUUCAGAGGACCUUGACUUCCCUCCUGGAGAAAGAAACCACAAUUCUUCAUCGUCAAGCCUGGAGAAAGCAGAGAGCAGGAGAAACCUAGAAAUACCUCGCUUUUCAGAAACAUCCAUCAAGGAUAGGCUUGCUAAAUACCAAGCGGCUGUAUCCAAGCAGGGCUGUUCUCACAAUCAUGUGAAUGAGAUUCAAAGGAAUGAAAAUGAAGACAAAGACUACAAUUGUGAACAGAAGGAGAAUUUGCCACCAUGGUCUGACAGUUUCUUUUCCCAGCAGGAUAAAGAAAAGGUUUCAGUAAGAGAUGGUCUGAAUUCCAGUCUCUGUGAAGAUGGCACUGCUGGAUUGAACUUCCAGAAAGAGACUGAAAUUACAAGAUCUGUCUAUGCUAAACAGCAAAGUCCUAAUUCUAGAGCAUCUAGCCAGUCUGACAGCUCUCCUCCCAAAGCAGUGAAGAAGUUUCAGUUGCCAGCAAAGGAAAUAUGUGUUGCUUGCAAGAAGACUGUAUAUCCAAUGGAGCGGCUCUUUGCCAACCAGCAAGUCUACCACAUCAGCUGUUUCCGCUGUUCUUACUGCAACAGCAAACUAACUCUUGGAACAUAUGCAUCUCUUCAUGGACAUGUUUACUGCAAGCCUCACUUUAACCAGCUCUUUAAAUCCAAAGGUAAUUAUGAUGAAGGUUUUGGACAUAAACCUCACAAAGAACUACAGGCAAGCAAAACUGAGUAUGAUGACUCUCAGGAAAAACAUACCUGUAUUGGAAAUGCUGUGGAAGCCCCUCGAAGUCCAGGAGUAGAAGAUGCUCCAAUUGCAAAAGUUGGGAUUUUAGCUGCCAGCAUGGAAGCAAAAGCUGCUGGGAUGUCUGAGAAGGAAGAAAAAAUUACAGAGACAAAGAAGUUGAAGAUUGCUUGGCCACCUCCUUCUGAACAAGGCAGUCAAGGGAAUGUUGUGGAAGAAGGCAUUAAAGUGUUCAAACCAAAGUGGCCUCCAGAAGAUGAGGUCCAUAAACCAGAUCACCAGGAAGAAGUCGACCAAGAUCUUAAGAAGCUACGCAGAACAUCAUCACUAAAAGAAAGAAGUCGACCAUUUACGGUAGCUGCCUCAUUUAGAACAGUAUCUGUGAAGAACUAUCGAAUGGAAAACACAUCUCCUUCCAAAUGCGAAAAAAGCAUGGCACGGCAAAGUGGUGAACUGGUGAAGGAAAUGGUCGAGAACAAACCAAUGGAAGAAAGCAGUAUGGCUGAGUACGUUGGUACCCCAAAUACUGCUGGGAAGGAUAAAGAAUUAGAUCAGGAAAAGGAAGAAGCACAAGAUGAUGAGAGCCUAAUUAAGGAUGGGCAGAGAAGUGCUGAGCCUGAGAAGAAAGAAGAAGGAGGUGCAGGACAGCCAGCAUCUCUUGAGAAAAAACCAGUGAUUUGCAUCUCUCCAGAAUAUUCCACCUUGAAUCUGACAAUUGAAAAAGAAUUCUCCACUAGUCCAAAUCAUAGAUCUGAAAAUGUAGGGCUUUUUGAAGGGGAAGACCAAGAAGAUUUGACUGUGGAAGAGCAGAUCAAGAGGAACAGAUACUAUGGUGAAGAUGAUGAUGAUGAUGAUGAAUAGAUUUUACACUCUUUUUUUUUCUUUAAAUAGAGAACUUACUGAAGGGUGCUGGGCCUUAAGUUGGAGUUUAAUGUUUUGUUCUUUUCUAAAGCAGGUGCCUUUAUGAAAGUGACUUUGUGUUGUGAGUUAGUGUGAAAAUCACAUAACUCUUCAGAUCUGCAUUUUAUAGGAAAAUAUUUUGGAAACCUGCAAGAAUGUUACCAAUUUUGUGAAAAAGCUUAAAUGCUUAAAGUUGUGCAGAUAGCUGCUGCCUCAGUUGAGCAAAACUGCAUUUCAGAUUUCAUUCUGUAACUUGGUCACUUAAAAGGCAUCUUACUCUCUUCUGCUUAUGCAAUUUCAGCCAUUUCACAGUUGAACUGAAAGAGAUAGGGCUUUGAUAUACAUUAUGAUGAUAUUAUCACUACUAACAAUACUACUGCAGAGCUUUCAGGCCAGUUCCCAAGGGAUGGGGACUACUUUAAAAGAGACUGCACUUUAAUGUAUAUACAAAAGCACAAUAAUACUUUUUUAAAAUGGUGGUAACACUGUUUUCAAGAGAGGUGUUUUUCAGUACCCACAAUAUGAUACGCAGUCUGCAACCUGAUAGAAGAGGAAGGCUGACUUCGCUUGAUCAGGAUCAGGAGAGAAUCUUUGCACUUUUUUUUUUUGGUCGAUAUAACUCUAGUUGUAAAUUGGAACCCAGGUGCCUAUGAGUCAAUUGGCUUUUCUCCAAGCUAGGCUUAGGAGCAUCUUUAUUCCCAAGAAUCAACUACAGGGUGGCAAAGCUUCUGUCUUUUUGAUAUAACUAUUUACUUUCUAUAUUUGUUGUCCUGAAUAAUAUUUCCCUCUUGAAACCUUGAUUCUCUCUUUUGACAAGCAGUCGGAAUUUUCUGUAAACCAAACUGCCAGAUUUGACUCAGUGUGAAAAAUGUUGCAAGAAAAAGAUCUAUACAACGGAUGAUAAACCUUUUUUGAGACUGAUAGCAUUAUACUUUUAGAGCUUUUCAGCUUGGCUGCAUGUGUUUUAUAAAUCAUAGUGUUUUGAAUUGGUUAAAAGCUUUGUUGCAAUAAUUUUAACAGGGUUAUGCAGUGCUUUGGAUUCAUUCUGAAAUGGUACUUGAAAGUAUGUGGAGGCAUGAAGCAUAGUAUUUGCAUGCAGCUCUUUAAAGCAUCCUUGUCUUUAUCCAGAUCAGAUGGCAGCUGCAGAAGAGAGAUGAGCAAUCCUGGGAAAAGAUGUGGCUGCUUUAAAAAGUUGCAGACCAAUGCUUAGUUCACAUGCUCCUGUGUUCUGAAGCACCUUUUGGGAACUGACUCUGAAGCAUUGUAUAGUCCUUAUUUUUAAUCCAUUUUAUGUAUUUACUUAUUCUAACUAUAUUUUAGAAUUGUAAAAUAUCUUGCUUUUCUUACUAAUCUUAUGAAGUCUGGAACAUUUUUACUUAAUAAACACUCUGUCAUUUUUA